AUGCAAGCUGGGACCGAAGCGGCCGGGGCGCCAGCACCAGGAAGGGAAAGUGGGGGACAAAGAGAAGACAGAACUCCGCCGGACGAGGGGAGCGACCGGGCACCCCCGCCGCUCACUGACACCCCAAGGCGACGCGAGCCGCCGCGGCCAAACUCCACAACAAAGAGGAGCGGCGCUGCGGCACCGGAGCCGCGCGAGUUCCGCUCAAGUCCGGCCAACUGCGCGGCGCUCGGGCCGCAGGGCCCGCCCGUCGGCACCCACCGGGCCGGGCCGAGCCGAGCGGGGCCCGGCCGAUCCCCGUCCUCGGAGCCCGAGCCGGAGGGCGGGGAAGCGGCGGGCGGGCGGGGCGCGUUACCUGGGCUCGGCGCGGGCGAGGGGACGCCCUCCCGCCGCCGCUCGUCGCUCCGCGGGCCGCUCCUCGGCCCCCGCCCGACGCGUCCGGGCCCGGCGGCCGCUGUGGGGCGCCGGGCCGCCGUGAGCUCCAGCGCCGCCCCGCUGAGGGGUGGGGGAAGAGCCUCUCUCAGCGGGCCGCAGGCUCCACUUCUCCCGCUCCGCCCCUCGGACGUCCGCGGAGUAACGGGAACGGCCUCGCGACAAGAGCCGGUGGGCGCCGACGCGGGCUCCGCCGCCCGAGCCGCUCCGUUACCGCAGCGGCGACGACGACCUGGGGCCGUGUUGUUGCUGCCAACUUGUCGAGAGGACACUGAGCAUGCGCGCGCGGAGACCACAUCCGGGUAA